AAGAGUGAGGCUCUCAGGAACCGUUCGUCAAGAUGUACGACGCGGACGAAGAUAUGCAAUAUGAUGAGGAUGAUGAUGAAAUCACCCCAGAUUUAUGGCAAGAAGCUUGCUGGAUCGUAAUCAGUUCUUAUUUUGAUGAGAAAGGGUUGGUCAGACAACAGCUGGAUUCUUUUGAUGAAUUUAUUCAAAUGUCUGUUCAAAGAAUUGUGGAAGAUGCUCCACCUAUAGACCUACAGGCUGAAGCUCAGCAUGCCAGUGGAGAAGUUGAAGAACCGCCAAGAUACUUGCUGAAGUUUGAACAAAUUUAUCUUUCCAAGCCGACCCAUUGGGAAAGAGAUGGUGCUCCCUCGCCAAUGAUGCCAAAUGAAGCCAGACUUAGAAAUCUCACGUAUUCUGCUCCACUUUAUGUCGACAUAACAAAGACAGUCAUUAAAGAAGGUGAAGAACAACUUCACACUCAACAUCAGAAAACCUUUAUAGGAAAAAUUCCAAUUAUGUUACGUUCAACUUACUGCCUGUUGAAUGGCUUAACAGAUCGUGAUCUUUGUGAGUUAAAUGAGUGCCCUUUGGAUCCUGGUGGCUAUUUCAUUAUUAAUGGAUCUGAAAAGGUUCUGAUUGCUCAAGAAAAAAUGGCAACAAACACGGUUUAUGUGUUUGCCAAAAAGGAUUCUAAGUAUGCCUACACUGGAGAGUGUAGAUCCUGUCUGGAGAAUUCUUCCCGGCCCACCAGUACUAUAUGGGUUAGCAUGCUGGCGAGAGGAGGACAGGGUGCAAAAAAGAGUGCGAUUGGUCAGCGCAUUGUGGCAACUCUACCAUAUAUCAAGCAGGAAGUUCCUAUCAUUAUUGUGUUCAGAGCAUUAGGUUUUGUGUCUGACAGAGACAUUUUGGAACAUAUUAUUUAUGAUUUUGAAGAUCCAGAGAUGAUGGAAAUGGUCAAACCUUCUCUCGAUGAAGCUUUUGUCAUUCAAGAACAGAAUGUUGCUCUAAAUUUUAUUGGCUCAAGAGGUGCGAAGCCAGGUGUUACUAAGGAGAAAAGAAUUAAGUACGCAAAAGAAGUCUUACAAAAGGAAAUGCUCCCUCACGUUGGUGUCAGUGAUUUUUGUGAGACUAAAAAAGCCUAUUUCUUGGGGUAUAUGGUACAUAGGUUACUUCUAGCAGCUUUGGGUAGAAGAGAACUGGAUGACCGAGAUCACUAUGGAAAUAAAAGAUUGGAUCUUGCUGGGCCACUGCUUGCAUUCUUAUUUAGAGGUAUGUUUAAGAAUUUGCUUAAAGAAGUGCGCAUCUAUGCCCAGAAGUUCAUUGAUCGAGGAAAGGAUUUUAACUUGGAAUUGGCAAUUAAAACAAGAAUUAUAUCUGAUGGCCUCAAAUACUCUUUAGCUACUGGAAACUGGGGUGAUCAGAAAAAAGCUCAUCAAGCCAGAGCUGGAGUAUCUCAGGUGUUGAAUCGCCUAACUUUUGCAUCUACUCUUUCUCACCUGCGUCGUUUAAAUUCUCCUAUUGGUAGAGAUGGCAAGCUAGCAAAACCACGACAGCUACAUAAUACAUUAUGGGGAAUGGUGUGUCCUGCUGAGACCCCAGAGGGUCAUGCUGUAGGACUUGUGAAGAAUUUGGCUUUGAUGGCUUAUAUUUCAGUUGGAUCUCAACCAUCUCCGAUUCUGGAAUUUUUAGAAGAAUGGAGUAUGGAAAAUUUAGAGGAAAUUUCUCCUGCAGCUAUUGCUGAUGCAACCAAGAUUUUUGUCAAUGGCUGCUGGGUUGGUAUACAUAAAGAUCCUGAACAGCUUAUGAAUACACUAAGAAAAUUGCGUCGCCAGAUGGACAUCAUCGUAUCUGAAGUUUCUAUGAUCAGAGAUAUUCGAGAAAGGGAGAUUCGUAUCUAUACAGAUGCAGGCCGUAUUUGCAGACCACUUCUGAUCGUGGAAAAACAAAAGCUACUUUUGAAGAAGAGGCAUAUUGACCAGUUGAAAGAGAGAGAAUAUAAUAACUACAGUUGGCAGGAUCUUGUGGCCAGUGGAGUAGUAGAAUACAUUGAUACCCUUGAAGAAGAAACCGUGAUGCUUGCGAUGACUCCAGAUGAUUUACAGGAGAAAGAAGUUGCUUAUUGUUCCACAUACACACAUUGUGAGAUUCAUCCUUCAAUGAUCCUCGGUGUCUGUGCAUCUAUUAUUCCCUUCCCUGAUCAUAACCAGUCUCCUAGAAACACAUACCAGUCUGCUAUGGGUAAACAGGCUAUGGGCGUUUAUAUCACCAAUUUCCAUGUUCGUAUGGAUACAUUGGCCCAUGUUCUCUAUUAUCCUCAAAAACCACUUGUGACAACACGGUCUAUGGAAUAUCUACGAUUCAGAGAGCUGCCAGCAGGUAUCAACUCAAUUGUGGCUAUUGCAUCAUACACUGGAUAUAAUCAGGAAGACUCUGUUAUCAUGAACCGCUCAGCUGUAGACCGAGGCUUUUUCAGGUCUGUUUUUUACCGGUCUUAUAAAGAACAGGAGUCUAAAAAAGGAUUUGAUCAAGAAGAAGUUUUUGAGAAGCCUACACGUGAAACAUGCCAGGGUAUGAGGCAUGCCAUUUAUGACAAGCUAGAUGAUGAUGGUCUGAUAGCUCCUGGGGUUCGUGUGUCAGGAGAUGAUGUGAUCAUUGGCAAAACAGUCACCUUACCUGAAAAUGAGGAUGAACUGGAGAGUACGAAUAGACGCUACACGAAGAGGGAUUGUAGCACUUUCCUCAGAACUAGUGAGACGGGUAUUGUGGAUCAGGUGAUGGUAACUCUCAACCAGGAAGGAUAUAAAUUUUGUAAAAUAAGGGUUCGCUCUGUUAGAAUUCCUCAAAUUGGGGACAAAUUCGCUAGUCGACAUGGUCAGAAGGGGACUUGUGGUAUUCAGUAUAGACAAGAGGACAUGCCUUUUACAUGUGAGGGUAUCACCCCUGACAUCAUCAUAAAUCCCCAUGCCAUCCCCUCUCGUAUGACUAUUGGUCACUUGAUUGAAUGCCUGCAAGGAAAGGUAUCUGCUAAUAAGGGUGAAAUUGGUGAUGCCACUCCAUUUAAUGAUGCUGUCAAUGUGCAGAAGAUCUCUAACCUUUUAUCUGAAUAUGGCUACCAUCUCAGAGGAAAUGAGGUCCUGUAUAAUGGAUUCACUGGUCGAAAAAUCACAUCACAAAUUUUUAUUGGCCCCACUUAUUACCAGCGUUUGAAGCAUAUGGUAGAUGAUAAGAUUCAUUCUCGUGCUAGAGGACCUAUUCAGAUCCUUAAUAGACAGCCCAUGGAAGGUAGAUCUCGAGAUGGUGGCUUACGUUUUGGAGAAAUGGAACGAGACUGUCAGAUUGCUCAUGGAGCAGCCCAGUUUUUAAGAGAACGAUUAUUUGAGGCUUCAGAUCCCUAUCAGGUUCAUGUUUGCAAUCUUUGUGGAAUAAUGGCCAUUGCUAACACCAGGACCCACACGUAUGAAUGUAGAGGCUGCCGUAAUAAAACCCAGAUUUCCUUGGUUCGAAUGCCUUAUGCGUGCAAACUGUUAUUUCAGGAACUUAUGUCUAUGAGUAUUGCACCUCGAAUGAUGAGUGUUUAGUAGGUCUUUUUU